GAAAGAGUAAAGGAGAUGGAAGGAGGAAUAUUGAAGUUUUUGUUCUUCACUAUACUAGUUUUUGUUGCAAUAGGACAUAGUAAUGGUCAAUUAAGAAAAGAUUUUUACAAGUCGAGUUGUCCACAAGCUGAACAAAUCGUUCAAAACAUCACUUGGAAACGUGUUGCUACUAAUUCUACCUUGCCUGCUAAAUUGUUGAGGAUGCAUUUUCACGAUUGCUUUGUCAGGGGUUGUGAUGGUUCAAUAUUGAUAGACUCCACAGCAAACAACAGUGCAGAGAAGGCUGCAAUACCAAAUCUAAGCCUAGGAGGUUUUGAUGUGAUUGAUGAAAUAAAAACUGCACUAGAAAACACUUGUCAAGGAGUCGUAUCGUGUGCUGACAUAUUGACAUUAGCAGCUAGAGACUCUGUUUCGUUCCAAUUUAAGAAACCAAUGUGGGAAGUGGUAACUGGAAGAAGAGAUGGAAGAAUUUCAAAGUCUUCAGAAGCACUCUCUGAAAUCCCAUCACCAUUUUUCAAUUUCACUUCCCUCAAACAGUCCUUUGCCAACAAAAGUCUCACUGUUCAUGAUCUUGUGGUUUUAUCAGGGGGACAUACAAUUGGAGUUGGACAUUGUAAUCUCUUUAGCAACAGGCUAUACAAUUUCACAGGAAAAGGAGAUUCAGAUCCUUCCUUAAAUUCAACAUAUGUAACUUUCUUGAAAACAAAAUGUCAAAGCCUUUUAGACAACACAACAAUUGUUGAAAUGGAUCCUGGGAGUUCUUUAACCUUUGACAAUAAUUAUUUUUCUGUCUUGAAACAACAAAAGGGCCUUUUUCAAUCAGAUGCUGCACUUUUGACUAAUAAAGGAGCUAAAAAUAUUGUUGAUGAGAUGCUUAUUGAUGGAAAAUUCUUCACUGAAUUUAGCCAAUCAAUGAAGAGAAUGGGAGCUAUUGGAGUAUUGACUGGAUCUAAUGGAGAAAUUAGGAAAAAAUGCAAUGUGUGUUUGCCUAAUGGUGCAAAGGGCUCUUAUCAAGUGGACAUCAUAGUAGACUCAGAUAAGAAGACAAACUUUUUUGUUAACAAAAUGAGAAGUCAAUUAGUACUAACUUGUCUUGUUUUUCUAUGUCUUGUUCUUGGUGGAGUUGCUGGGGGUGCAGCUAAGGUACCACGCAAGAACUUCUAUAAGAGUACUCGUUGUCCAAAUGCUGAACAACUUAUUAGAGAUAUCACUUGGAGCAAAGCUAAAAAUGAUGCUACCUUGGGUGCUAAAUUACUUCGAGUUCACUACCAUGAUUGUUUUGUUAGGGGGUGUGAUGCAUCCAUAUUGCUAGACAAAGUGGGAACAGUUGAUUCAGAGAAGGAGGCUAGGCCAAAUCUCUCUUUGGGUGGUUUCGAGGUGAUUGAUGAUAUCAAGCGACAAGUUGAGGCUAAAUGUCCUGGCAUUGUUUCUUGUGCUGACAUUUUAGCUUUAUCUGCUCGUGAUGCUGUUUCUUUUCGUUUUAAAACUUCAAUGUGGGAAGUGGAGACCGGAAGAAAAGAUGGGAAUAUUUCCCUUGCUAGUGAUGUGAAUGGAAACUUACCUUCACCAUUCUCAGAUUUUGCAACCCUUAAACAAAUCUUUUCAAACAAAGGCCUAAAUGUCGAUGAUCUCGUUGCGUUAUCAGGUGCUCACACAAUUGGUGUGUCUCAUUGUGGAGCAUUCUCAAGGAGACUCUUCAAUUUCACUGGCAAAGGUGAUAUGGAUCCAACUCUUAAUGCUACUUAUGCUGAAUCAUUGAAGAAAUUGUGCCCAAAUCCAGCCAAUCCAAAUACUACUGUGGAAAUGGACCCUUUAAGUUCAACUUCAUUUGAUAGCAAUUAUUUCAACAUUCUUAUUAAUCAAAACAAAGGGUUGUUCCAAUCAGAUGCUGCACUUCUCAAUGACAAAGACUCAGUAAUUGUCAUCAAGAAAUUACUAAAAGACAAGACUUUCUUUAUUGAGUUUGCAAAAUCCAUGAAGAAAAUGGGAGCCAUUCAACUUCUUACGGGAAAUGCUGGAGAAAUCAGGAAGAAUUGUCGCGUUAAAAACUAAUUAUAGUAAAAGAAAAAAAAAACUAUGAUUGUAUCAUAUGUAUGUUGUCACGAAAAAGUGUACAACUUACAUGAUCUCUUUUAUUUAUUAUGUUAUAGUAAUUGUUCAUGUGGUGUAACAAAUUAGGUUUACUAAUUUGUAUUGUUAUUGUUUGAACAAGAAAAUUGUGGCAAUAAAUUUAUAUGUGUUCAACUCUUUGAAAGUA